ACCCUAAACCUGACGACAGAGACCAAGGUCGGUGACAUCACACAGGAAGUCCAGACACACUGCAGUACCAUGUGAUCAGUGUGACCUCUGACCCCUACAGGUGGUGUUUGAGGCUCAGAAAAAGAGUGGAAUGAUGAAUGACAUCGCUCUGGAUGACAUCACACUGACCAUGGGACUAUGUGGCCCCGCCCCCCCUGAACCUACAAACGUUCCACCGCCGACAACCAGACCUCCAAUUCCAAGUAAGACCCCGCCCCCUCCCUGCAGGUGACAGAAUCCAGGGGCCUGUUCUACGAAGCAGGAUUACAGUUAGCUUACUGCUCCGGGGCAGGUUAGGUUCCAGAUUGACCUCACCGAGUAUAAAAACCCCGCCCACUGACCAAUGAGCUCUCUCGAAAAAUGGCUUGUCCGUUCUUGGAGGAUCCUGUAGACCUCGGUGCUCGCCUUGUCCGAGGAGCGCGAGAGUUUCAGGAUCCGCACAGACCCACUUCCUUUUCACCCCUUGAUCAGGUUAAAUAGGCCACACCCCUUGAUCAGGUUAAAUAGGCCACACCUCUUUAUCAGGUAAUAGGCCACACCUCCUAAUCGGGUUCGAGGCCACACCUCUUUAUCAGGUUGAAUAGGCCACACCUCUUUAUCAGGUUAAAAAGGCCACACCUCUUUAUCAGGUUGAAUAGGCCACACCUCUUUAUCAGGUUGAACAGGCCACACCCCUUUCUCAGGUAAGACAGGUAACUCUUCUUCAGCUGAGAAAUUCGGUUCACACAGAUUUACUUCAAAGUUUCAAGACCUGAAACCUCGAUCUGUUACCUGGGCUGUCUCACCUGUGAGUCUGACUCCACCCUCUUUCUGCUUUAAUUGGUCAGCUGACUGUGGAGGACCCUUUGACCUUUGGGAACCGAACUCCUCCUUCAGCUCGCCAAAUUACCCACAACCCUACGGGGACAAGGCUCAGUGUGAGUACAGCUGUCUGCCCAUCUUUAACAGGUAACUCUACCUGUCCAGGUGUGCUGUGGUCGGUCUGAACAGAACACUAUGAUGAAUUCAGAGAUCUGUUGCCAUGACGACAGAUUUGAUGAACUGUUCAAUGGCGCUCUGUAAGUGAAUCCUGUGUGGUCACCUGUCUUCAGGUGUUGUGUUGAACUUUUGUUUGUCAAAGUUGUUCUUCUCGCCGUCGGCCAUGUUUGAACCUCACCUGUUACCUUUGUGACAUGAUGUCACUGUCAUUACCCAUGAUGCUCUGCAGGUCUGUGGACUCUCCACACCAGCAAAGGUCGAAACAUUCAGCUCCAUUUCCUGGAUUUUAACAUUGAAGCGACCUAUGACGUGGUAGAGGUGCGGGAUGGGGCGGGGCCAAACUCCACCUUGCUGGGUAAGAAGACGCUCUGACCAGAAUCCUUUAAACCGCGGCGUGUUCGGUCAUGUGACUUAACACAGAUGAAAUGUUUUUAUCUCAGCUGUGUUAACAGGCAAAGAAGGCCCCGCCCAUGAUUUGUUUUCAACAACCAAUCAGAUGAGUGUGUGGCUCUUCACGGACAGCACAGGUCAAGAUCGAGGAUUUAGCGCAAACUUCACCUCAGGGGUCAACCUGGGGUCACCAGGUGAGUCCGGGAUCAUGGUGUGACAUCUAUCAAUGAUCUAUUACUGAUCAAUAAAACUUGUUCCUGUGAUCAGCUCCCUGUGCAGCGGGUCAGUUCCAGUGUCUGCUGGGAACAUGUAUCCAUGGUAACAGCCAGUGUGACGGUGUGGUCGACUGUCCGGAUGGUUCAGAUGAGGCUGACUGUGGUGAGUGACAUGUGAUCAAUUAACCAACUAAUUAUACUGCAAUGACUAAUGACAUCACACAGGUGACCUGUGAUGUCACACAGGUGACCUGUGACAUCACACAGGUGACCUGUGACGUCACACAGGUGACCUGUGACGUCACACAGGUGACCUGUGACGUCACACAGGUGACCUGUGACGUCACACAGGUGUGUUUUUGUUCCAGUUGUCUUACAGACCAACAGUUCCAGUCCUCUCCAGUUCAGAGUCAGUUCCUCUCUGCUCACUGUUUGUGCCGACACCUGGAACCCUCACCUGUCUGAGUUCACCUGUCAGUACCUGGGCUACAGGUAACACACCUGUCUGUGCUCACCUGUGCUACAGGUUAUACCAGUCGGUACCUAAAGGUGGUGUAGACAGGAGUCUGUUAAAGAAGCAUCUUUUGUUUAUUAUCAAUAAAUCUUCUAAUAUCAGUCAAUAGUUAUUAGUUAUUGAUUAUUUGGUAAUAUAUCGAUAUCUCUGUGUUCUCUUAUGUCUGUGUCGUCAACAUUUGAACAUUUUUGAGCGGUCCGCUCUUUCUGACUGUAAACAAAGCCGUUCUCCACCUCCUCUAACCUGAUUGGUUGUGAGGCAGACGCUGCUCCCCCGUGUCGUUCAGGAGCCCAAACAAAGUUAGCGUGCUACAAUAUCGGACAGUAGAAACCAACCAGAAAGUUCGGAAAAUUGUCUGAAUCCUCCUUUGGCCACGACUGCCGACACAAGCAAGAAAACAAAGUAAAUACCGGAGACUCUGGAGGAAUAACGGGCGCUUAAAACGGAGGUAGACCGGACAAGAGCUAAAAAGCCGGGUCAACAUAAACGAUGGGGGACGCUUGGGGAUCUUGGUGACCCUGUAACCUUUCUGCUGGACAGGUAAACCGCUUUAACAAAGUAAGACAAGUGUCUGUAACAGAAGUGUUUCUUGUCAAACGGACCUGCUGUAGCGUGUUGUAGCGCCAUCGCUAAACUGUCCUCCCUCGGGUCCUGGACUAUGUCACUUUAUCCUCGUUGUAGAAGUCCUGCAAACAUUGUGUUUGCUGGUAGUCUGUUGGCAUCUACAGUAGCACCAAUGCUUUUGACUUUCACCUUGACUGGGCCCCAUUUGUAAUGAUCUGAAGUCUUUAUCUGCAUUAUAUCUGAAUUUAACUGGAACGAUACGAGCGAGCAGGAGCGUCUGUUUGUGGGCGGGGCUUGAGGGGAGAGGAGGAGCUGAGGGGAAAACUGGUUGGAGGGGUAGAGUUUACAUUCAAGAUUUCUCCUAAAAACUGGAACUAACUCAGAUCCUGACGACAACACCUUUAAGUAAACACGCCGUUUCUCUCCUGUGGUUACCAUAGUAACACUGUAACUCAGCGGCGUUGUUCUGUCCUCUGCAGGUCCGGUGAGGCCUCGGUUCUGCCGGCUCGGCCUGAAGAUUCACCUUUUACCAACAUCACAGUCACUAACGGAACCAUAGAAACCAGCAUAAGGUACUGAACCGGAACCAGAUCCAGAACCAGAACUGGACCCAAACACACAUAAACCAGACCCAGAAAUCACAUCUGGAACCAGAACUAAUGACAAACUGUUCCUGGAACUAAAUCUGCUCUUUUUGUUUUACAGUGAAAUCUGCAACAGCGACAAAGUCGUGACUUUAACCUGCGACAACCAGCGUGAGAACGCACACUCAAACACACACACAGUUCAAACUACACUCAAACACACACACAGUUAAAUCUACACUCAAAAACACUGACUGUGUGUGUUUGUGUUCCAGCGUGUGGAGUUCGGAUGGUCACCAAUGAUUCGAGGGAGACAGACCAAUCAGGUGAGAGAACACCUGGUGCAGGUGGGACCAGAUCUUUAAUGGUUCUGUAUUUGAGCGUGUUUAUUGAUAACAGUCUGAAUGUUUCUUAUUUACUGUCAGGUGCAGGCAGAGUGGUGGGCGGGGCUGAUGCAGUAAAAGGGGCGUGGCCCUGGAUGGUGUCUCUGUGGUGGCAAGGGCGUCACGUCUGUGGAGCCUCUCUGAUUGGCCGAGAGUGGCUGCUGACAGCAGCCCACUGCGUCUAUGGGUAAGAUGUAAAACGAUCAUCCUUUAGUAGAUCUUCAGUCUGAGUAUUGACGACCCGACAGGUGAGAUUCCUUUAAUCAUAGAUGGAUCAAUCAAUAGAUAAAUAACAGAUAUGAAAUCAGUAAGUAAAGAAAAUAAUCGAUAGAUAAUAAAUAAGUUAAACGAGUUACAACACAACAUGAAUACUGUCCUGUUCAGUUCAGCCUCUUUAUUUUCAUUUAUGGGGUUUAAUUUACAGACAUGCAGAGAAAUACGACGUCAUUAUUACUAAAGCAGAAGACGUUAAAGUCGUCAAUAAUCGAUCAGAGGAAGAGAUUUAAGGCAAAAACGAACUCAGACCACCUUCAAGUCUGUCUCCUAAAUGACUGUUUUUAAGUCCUUCUCUUGUCUCUUACGUGUCUUUGACGUGUUUCCGGCGUGUCUCUCACGUGUCUCAAAUGUGUCUCUCAUGUCUCGAACUUCUCCUUGUCCCUCAGAAAAAACGUCCACCUGUCCUCCUGGUCAGCCGUCCUCGGUCUUCACCGUCAGAGUGACUCUGACGCCGACCAGGUUCAGACCCGACGAGUGGAUCGCAUCAUUAUCAAUGAAGAGUAUAACAGACAGACCAAACAAGCCGAUAUCGCCAUGAUGCAUCUGCAGGAGCCCCUGAGCUUCAGCGGUCAGUAAAACUGCCUUUUCAAAAUAAAACACCUUUAACUUCGUACAAGACGACAGGAUGUUUAAAUGAACCAAUCAGAGUUCGACAUUUGAUCCCUGAUUUAAAUCAUUACCAAGGCUGUGUCCAAAAUGGCGUACUACUCCUACUAACCCCGCCCCUGAAUUGAGUAGGCAGUGCGUUCACACUGUACAGUAUGUGAAUUUUGUGUAUGCGAGAAAUGCCCGGAUGUAUACUCAAUCGGCUUCGAUUUCUGAGUGUGGAACGGAGCUUGCUUCACGUACUGCUUCUGCCCCACAAUGCAUUGCGCACCUCAGCUGGUAAUAUGGCCCUCCUUCCCGAGGCUGAAAAGAAAUAGAUGGCAUGUGAUUGCAAUAAUAAUUAUAUAUAUAAAUAGAUAAACAAUAUUUAGUCCGUAUACAUUACACAAUUUUCAUCAUUUUAUCAUAUUUUGAUCUUUUUACCAGAUUUAUUUGUAUUUUAAAUUAGGAUUAUAGGUCAUGUUUUUAACUAUUCGUCUGAACUGACUUUAUUUAUUUAAGUGUCUAUUAAAGAUGUAUUUAUUACAUCAAGUUUGAGCAUCUUCUCAUCUCUGAAUGCAUCAUCAAAGUGGUCGCUCAUAUUAAGCACAGACCUCUGAUUAAUAAAAAUUAUUAUUGGUAGAGAGCACAUGGUUCAGAAUAUACAAACGGGGGAGUUUCCAGUUGACAAUCUAUGUGAGCUUUACUAAUUCUUACUUGUGGUUGAAAAUCUGAUGGUUUCUGAAAUUAUCAUUGUACAUGAAAAGAAUGUCGUCGGGAAAUGAUGUAUUUGCCAAGGAAUAACCGAACGAGGUCAUAAUAAUUAUGUUGUGUGUUGGUCAUUUUGCAGCCCUCUGCUGCUCAUCACACGCCCAGCAGGUGGUGUAUAGCAUUAUCACCAUGGAUACACGGAUGUUUGUGUGAUUUUUUUCAUCCACUGUCGCCCGGUUUGUGUCGUGUAGAUGUUGAUUAUGAAAACACUUCUCAAUAAUUUGGAAACGUGAAGGGGGAGCUGCUGCUGCCCGGUGUUUACGGUAAAUAGACGCAAACACCCACCAAGUGGACGCUUCGGUCUCCGAAAACGCCGAGACAAAUUUACAAACAGCCACUAUUUCAAACAUUUAUUUAGCUGGAGGGGGCGGGGUUCAUGACCUAUACUGUAACCAAUCACCAGGGGGAGCUGUUCUUAUGGAGGCUUUACUAAGCGAGGCAGCAGAUGACGUCCGUUCUGUAUAGACUCUGUGUUUCGGACAGUUGGAGUAUUUAGAGUAUUUCAAAGUUUUUAAUUGAAAAACUUGUUUUUGUGUUUUUGUGUGUUUUUAUGUUUUUUUUUUGUGUGUUUUUGUUUUUUGUGUGUUUUUAUGUUUUUAUGUUUUUUUUGUGUUUUUUGUGUUUUUUUUGUGUUUUUGUGUUUUUGUGUUUUUGUUUUUUGUAUUUUUGUAUUUUUGUAUUUUUUUUUUGUAUUUUUGUGUUUUUUGCGUUUUUGUUUUUUUGUUUUUUUGUGUUGUGUUUUUUUGUAUUUUUGUGUUUUUUGUGUUUUUGUGUUUUGUGUUUUUUGUGUUUUUUUGUGUUUUUGUUUUUUGUGUUUUUUGUAUUUUUAUAUUUUUGUGUUUUUUUUGUGUGUUUUUGUGUUUUUUGUAUUUUUGUGUUUUUGUGUGUUUUUGUGUUUUUUUGUGUGUUUUUGUGUUUUUUGUAUUUUUGUAUUUUUGUGUGUUUUUGUGUUUUUUUGUGUGUUUUUGUGUUUUUUGUUUUUUUGUGUUUUUUUUGUGUUUUUGUGUGUAUUUUGUGUGUCUGCGCUCAGACUCGGUCCAGCCCGUCUGUUUACCUCCUGAAGGUCACGACCUCACAGCAGGAAGGAAGUGCUUCAUCACUGGGUGGGGACGCCAGGAGGAAGGGGGUAAGACACACACUGUCCCACCUGUCCGUCUCACCUGUGUGUCCGUCUCAGCUGUCCAUCUAUCUCACCUGUGCCCCCCCCCCCCCCCCAGGUGUCCUCCCUGAUGUCCUGCAGGUGGCCCAGGUCCCCCUGCUAGACCAGGACCAGUGUCAGGUCCAGUUACCUGAGUACACCAUCACCUCCAGCAUGAUCUGUGCCGGACUCCAAGAAGGGGGCGUGGACUCCUGCCAGGUAAGACCUCACCUGGACCCGCCUUCAGAGUCCACCUGCAGAGUCCUCCUGAGUCCAGUCCAGAUCAGGGGGACCUUUAGAAAACUGAAGACCUGCUGACGACCAAAACCUACAAGGGGCAGAGGGACCUCACAGACCGCAUCCAGAACUGCAG